CCACAACCAGCGCCCGGCCACAGACCCCUGGUGUGGAUGUGCUGGAGGACACUUGGCUGGAACUCUUUGGAUGGGGUUGGGACUCGGAGUACUGUGUCCUAGUCACAAAGAGAGGCAGAAGCGCAGAGGGGACUGUCGGCUGGUGCAGGCAGAACCAAAAGAUAUUUAAUCAGCAAUUAGAAACACCUGAGGGCAAGGGAAAUUCUACUCCAGCCUCGAGCCUCAUCUGUCAGCCUGCAGCAUGAUGAACCACCAUACUAGGAAGACCACGCUUGUGAUGGAGGAUUUGCAACAGCUAAGUAGAGCAAUAGGUAAUUUAUACAGGUUACUUCAUCUUCCGAGAGCAGCUAACAACCAUGAAAUGCUGUCACUGCUGUUGAAGGAAGAGGCUGGCAUCGAGAAUUUAUAUGGGAAACUAGAUAAGCAGAAACCACAAGAUGAAGAAGCCAUCCACAGCCUUUGAACGUGCUUGGGGACUUUCUUUUUAAAACUGUCUUCCAAGGCUGCUCGGCAGAAUGGCCACGGAGGAGCGGCACCUCUCCUCCAGCUGUGGGUCCUUCAUCAAGACCGAGCCCUCCAGCCCAUCUUCUGGCAUUGACGCCAUCAGCCACCACAGCCCAAGCGGCUCCUCCGAUGCCAGCGGUGGCUACGGCAUCGCCAUGGGUGGCCACCCCAAUGGCCUAGACUCGCCACCCAUGUUCAAUGGCACGGGGAUCGGCGGCGGGUCCUGCCGCAAGCGAUACGACGACUGCGCCAGCGCCAUCAUGGAGGACUCACCCACCAAGUGCGAGUACAUGCUCAAUGCAAUCCCCAAGCGGCUGUGCCUGGUGUGUGGGGACAUUGCCUCUGGGUACCACUACGGCGUGGCUUCCUGUGAGGCAUGUAAAGCCUUCUUCAAGAGGACUAUUCAAGGGAAUAUUGAAUACAGCUGCCCGGCCACCAAUGAGUGUGAGAUCACGAAACGGAGGCGCAAGUCCUGUCAGGCCUGUCGCUUCAUGAAAUGCCUCAAAGUGGGGAUGCUAAAAGAAGGUGUUCGUCUGGAUCGAGUCCGUGGAGGCCGUCAGAAAUACAAAAGGAGACUGGAUUCUGAGAGCAGCACUUACCUGAGCCUACAGAUCCCUCCCCCAGCUAAAAAGCCAUUGACUAAGAUCGUCUCCCACUUGCUGGUGGCUGAACCAGAGAAGAUUUAUGCCAUGCCAGAUCCAACCAUGCCGGAGAGUGACAUCAAAGCCCUGACAACCCUCUGUGACCUGGCAGACAGGGAACUGGUGGUGAUCAUUGGCUGGGCAAAGCACAUCCCAGGGUUCUCCAACCUCUCCCUUGGAGACCAGAUGAGCCUUCUGCAGAGUGCCUGGAUGGAAAUUCUCAUCCUGGGCAUUGUCUACCGCUCCCUGCCAUAUGAGGACAAGCUGGUCUAUGCUGAGGACUACAUAAUGGAUGAAGAGCACUCUCGUCUGACAGGGCUGCUGGAGCUCUACCUGGCCAUCCUACAACUGGUGCGCCGCUAUAAGAAGCUCAAGGUGGAAAAGGAGGAGUUUGUCACACUCAAAGCUCUGGCCCUCGCCAACUCAGACUCCAUGCACAUAGAGGACAUGGAUGCAGUGCAGAAACUCCAGGACCUUCUCCACGAAGCCCUGCAGGACUACGAGCUGAGUCAGCGCAAUGAGGAGCCCCGGCGAGCAGGCAAGCUGCUCCUGACCUUGCCUCUCCUGCGGCAGACGGCUGCUAAAGCUGUGCAGCACUUCUACAGCAUCAAACUGCAGGGCAAGGUUCCCAUGCAUAAACUCUUCCUAGAAAUGCUAGAGGCAAAGGUCUGACAGACCCAGCACCAGCUGACAGUGGCCGAGGAACAAACUAGAAACAAAGAUGCAGACAACGGAGCAAUCCAAACAGCAGCAGCAGCCACCGCCGGCUUUUAUCUCCAAUCAUUUAUUAUGGAAGAAUUAUUUAAUGUCUAUCUGUCGGCGUGACUGCAGAAUCUUGUGUACAGGAGGGGGGAAACUUUUAAUCAGUCACCUGUUUCUCUUUUUUUCAUUGUUUUCUCUGUGGGAAAUACCAGAUUAUGCUCUUGCACUUGUUGAGGCAUCAUCGGGGCCCAGCCCCUCUGAUCAGUGAUGCUCUCAGCGCUGUCCAGGCUGCCUGCUCCCCAGCUCCCUCUGCCAGUUCUGGAGGGGGAGUGGGGACAGAAGCAGGAAGAGAGGAAGAAUAGAGUCAAUAUAAACUUUAUCUGCUGGUGUUACGAGGGGUCAGUUAGAAAGGGAAGCAGCCACGGUCCUUCUUUUCGUCACCUUUCUGCCUCCUACCAUAGAGUAGAUGCUCCUUUGGAGAACAAUGCUGCUGGACCUCUCCUGAACAAAAGGCUGCAUCCCAGACUCCUCUAACACUUGUACAUACAGGCCCCACUUCUUACUGGGAAAGAUGCUCCUAACUGUGUAAGAUAUUCUGCGACCUUGUACAGUGUGUCAUUACGCCUGGCUAGUCCCUCCCACGUACAAUCCCCACAGGCCCCUGAAGAGGUAGGAUGUAUGUCCCUGAGAAAAUGCAAGUCUUUCCCAAAUGGCAAGAGAAAAGAGCCUGAUGUUAUGCUUCAGUGCUGGGUUGACUUGAUAAUCUCUGCAUCCUCUCCUAUGUGGUGCUAACUACAAUUCUUCCACACUUUUCACCCCAUAGUGUAUCACACCUGCCUCUUCAGCUCAGCUGAGUGCCAUUCCCCACCUGUUCCUUGUGGCAGAGAACACAAGGCUUUGUCUGCAUGGUUACUGCCCAAGUAUAAAUACACCCCAAACCAGAUCUUUCCUAGACUUCAUUAGAGCUCUUGGCUCCACGGAGACUUUAGGCUUAUCGCCAAAUUCUAGUUAGAAAUCAAGGGCACUGCUUUUCAGAGGAGGCAGCUCUAGAGCCUGAGAGAUUGCUUUCUUGUGGCAGCCUAGGGAAAUAAAUUAGAGGAUGGCAUGAAACCCCUGAUACUCCAACUACUGUCUUCCCCUGCUUCAUCCCAUUAUCCUCAACAGCAGGAAAAGAGCUAGCAUAGAUUAUACCUGGAGCUGGUAAGAGGUUGUCUUGCUGAUCAGAAAGCAAAUACCUGACCUUGAGGUGGUAGGAGAACACUGGAAAUGUUUAUUUACUCCUCUUAUGUAACCAGGUUCCUGCUGUCUCCAAGACCUGGUUUAGAUCUGCUUCCUAAGCCAUAACUGCUGCAUUCCCAGUAGCCAGAGGGAAUGUACGUGACUGACAAAACUGUUGGCGUUCUCUGAAACUUUAUUUUUGAGGUCACAUAGUUUUAAGCCAUCCUGCUGACAAAACUUAAGUGUAUUGUCUUUUUUUGUGGUCAGCAGCAUGGCACUAGAGGUGAGAAAAAACCUCUGAUCUACAUUUGAGACACCACUAACUCUAUUGCCUCCGUUUUCCUCAAGCUUCCACCCCUUCCUGGCUUCCUCAGGAGAAAGGUGGUGUGUCAGAGGAGUAACUUGCCCUCAGGAGGAAGUCUUCCAAAGCAGGUUGAGGUGUGUGAUCAGAGACACUGGGUGCUUGUUUUCUGCUGGAGCAGGAUGUGUCCCAGCAGGGCUGUCAGUACUGCAGAACCCUGCCCUGGCAGGCUCAGGCACAGACGUGCUGGCAUGGGGACCUCUCAGCUCUCAUAGCCAGCCCACAUCUUGUACUUAAGUCAGUUCUGUUCCAUCUCCUUUGAGUUCUUCCUACGCUACACAGUCACUCAUUUUGUACUUGUCUUGCUUCAGGCCUAUCAGUAAACCACCAGAGACCUAAGGGGCAAAAGGCACUUGGGAACUGGGACUCCUGUGCUCACAGCAGUAGCAAUUACACAGCGGUCUUGUGCUUGGAGUGGAUAUUUGUGCUUCUCUCCCCCACUCCCUCCCAGAGGCAGCUGAGGAGAAAAUGAGAGGCUUUUGGUUGCACUCAUGAUCCCUGUACCCAUCUGUGACUGAGGGACCAAAGUGAAAUGCAUGCCACCAGUACAGAGCCAGCUUGCCAUGCGCUGAACUCUGGCAACUCCUGGCUGUGGUAUAAUUGCUUUCACUGGUGUGCUGGGUUGCAUUAUCACCUGUAAGUUUGACUCACUUGACCACUGCCCCAACGCUGCUGAGUCCCACCCAGCUCAGCCCCAGCACAUUGUGUCCCAGCUCGUUGUGCAAAGGCAGCUGUCCCAAAAUGAGUUGAAGAGAUCCUAAGAAGCAAUUCUUGCUUUUUUGGGCCCGGCCAGAAAGGUCACUUACUCUCACCCCAACACACCCACCCAACACCACACCCCCCCACCAAAAAAAAAAAAAAAAAAAAAAACAACACCCAAAACUACCCAAAAACAACCCCAAAAGGCUCUUUUAGGUUUGUUGUAUUUGAAAUCAGGCCUGCUCUCUGUAACAGGAAACUAUCUACAAAACAUGAUUAUGGAGAGCUGCUGAGUUAGCUUCUAGCUCACAGACACCGCUGGCUAUUUAGAUUAGGGCUAUGGGACUGGGGGCAGCUCCUGCCUUGGCACAGCAGUAUAAAGAUACUAAUUGCAUUUUUCUCCAGGAACUUCUUUCUCCAUUAAGGCUGCAUAAUGUUGGAGCCUAUCCAAAAAUUCUCCAUUGCUUGAAGAUAAUAUGCAGGGAAAUGUUUGCAUUUCUUCUGAAAUAAGAUGGGAAGUGAACCACACAGUACUUAGGUUAUAUUAAACUCUCUAACCAAGGAGUACAAACUCUUCCCCAGGAACUGGGAGACAGACUCCUGUCUAGAUUUAACCCUUAAAAGGCUUGUACCAUCCUAAAUUUGGAAGGAGGUCAGGUCUCUUGAGCCCUUCGCACGAGCGCAGGAAUCACAGUCAUCUCUUCCUGGUUCCUCUGAUCUGCUAUGCAUCACUAGUACUAUCAUACUGACACAGCUGAGGAGCGUUUCCAGCUACACAAUGAGCUGGGAUUGCAGAGGAGCGUAACAUAGUGUAGUUCCCCGAAUGCACUUUGAAGUAGGAAAUGAAGCUUCAGCAACUGCUUAGGUCUUUGAAUGCUCACAGUCUCUGACAAAAAGGUCUGGGGAUGUGGAAGGUGAGACAUGAACUAGGAAAUGGGUUUUGGGUCAGUGCUCUUUAUGCUGCUCAUUUGUAAUACGGGAUUCACAGAGUCAGUGUCAUACAGCUGUCUUUCAUGGGGCAAAAGAUGAUGGAGCUUGAGCCUUGGGACACAGAUGGGCUCUAUGACUUAAAGAAAAGAGAAGCAGUAGAGGUAAGUGUAUCAGUGACAGUGAAUAAACCCACACCAGCAACCGGGUAAAAGCAGCUCCAGCCCCUGAUUUGCAUGUGUGGAUAACAGAAACCAUGUACCUGUCAGCUGCUACAAAAGGCAGUUCUUCCCAAGUGACCAACUCUUCUGUUUUGGGCACAUUCUUCUCUGGGAACAGCAGUGUCUGACCUGUAAUGCAAAACAAAUUUCAUGGGGAUCAAUUAAAAGGUAAAUUACCACUCUGAAUUUAGGUUUCUGGGAAAACUUGGGCAUUACACCUCGCAGCAAAACUGUGAAGCUACAAGAAACAUCCCCACAACAAUCAGAAUCUUGCAGUAUUGCUCAUGCUAAGGGGGCAUUAUUUUUUCUCUUUGUAAGCUAUAUCAUUUUUUUUAAACUAUUAUAAAUAUAUUAAAUAAAACAUGCUUCACCAGAAACAUGUAAGCAGCUGUUAGAGGGGGAAGUCAUUGAAAAAGACCCUAGAAUGUAACAUGUUGAGCUUUUAUUACCAAUUGGAGCUAAGAAAACAGAGCUUCCACUUUGUAUCCACAAACUAUAAUCAAUCAUAUAGCCAAAGGCUGCUCUGUUUCUCUUGUGGCUGGGUUAUGUGGAGAAGCCAGAGACAGAGACUGUGAGGAUGAUGCAGGGAGUCAUAGACAGUCAGUGAAAUAAACAGUAUCUACUUAACUAUUAUCUGCUCCUAAAAAAUAACAACCUGUUAAAUAAAUUGUAUUCCUGUGGUACAGGUCAUUUCAAACAAAACAAGAAAUAAAACAAAGAAAUGAAAAAACUAAUGCAGACAGAGUAAUGUUUAUUGUGUUUAGGAGUUGCUCUGUUCUGUCCCUCGGGGUGCACACAGCUCCACAGAAAAGGCUGGUGGGGAGGAAGGCAUCUGUCUGUAUUGGCUGUGGAAGAGCAGAAAACCCCCAGCCCUCUCACUUUGGAAUGCUCAUUUCAUGUUUUCCCGUAUGAAAAAUUCUCAGCAAGCUUCUGAGUUUUUGUGAGAUGAGCUUUGCUGAGGACUUUUAAGAUGGGCGCUGUUGCCAGUCUCUGCCACAGACCAGUCUGUUUCUCCCCCUCACUCCUUUUCUUUCCACGUUCUACACUUCAGUGGUGCAAGGAAUAAACAGGAGCUAGCGAUGAAAAAAUCUUGAAGCUGUUCCAGUGGAAAAAAUAACCUCUAAUCAUAAAAUAGACCACUGGCUUAAACCCAGCAGUGACAUCAUGAGCGUUGCAAGCAUUACAGCAGCUGCCCAGAGCUUAUGAAGUGGAUGCAAGUGCUGAAGUUGUGGCAUUUGCAGUGAUCUGGUGGUCAGGCGGUGCAAGAGGGAACGCUCGUAGCUGCUUGCGAAAGCAGAAGGAAAUGCACUCUGCUGAGUGAGGCAGAGAUGUGAGAAACAAGGAGCCCAGGUUUUUGUUCUGAUUCUAUCAGAUGUACCAGACAACAUCCCAGCCUGUUUAAGCACCUCCAUCCCCAACACACCUCGGCCAACACUCCUGAUGUCCUUCUUUCGGGCAGUGGCAAUC